GUGACCACAUAACAGUGGCCGAUGAAAUAUACGGAUUUGUAUGUGACAAUCUGAAAUCUAUUCUUCAAGAAGGAGUGAUAUUGAGGCUGGAGUAGCUUUUCUUCGAAACAUUGUGGACGGAACUUCUCUUAUGCGAACAAAGUACUCACUAGUGAGUGUUGGGAAUUUGAAAGUGACCGGAUAAAAAUCAUAUUUCCUUCGUUGAGAAAAAAAAAGCUACAAACAUGUCCACCAAGACAGUCUCCUUCCUGCCCCAAGCUUUGGAGUUGCUCAGUUCGAGGGUGGAGCGAGAAAAUGUCGCUUCCAGCCAGACCCUGCGAGCUGCACUCAGUAAGGUGGAGAAGGCUCAUCCGGGCUUCACUUACGAAAUGGUGAUGGGCCUCGUACGCAAAGCUGACCUCACAGUUAAUAUGAAUGAGUCCAUUCUCAGGCUGCAAGGUCUUGUGAAUGAGUCUGAGUGUGGGGACUACCGAGUGACACGCACCGAAGAUGCCUUCCAGGAGUUGAAUAAGAAAUCAGCAAAUCUAAAAAGAAUAUUAUCGAGAAUCCCAGAUGAGAUCACCGACAGAAAAACAUUCCUAGAAACUAUCAAAGAAAUUGCAAGUGCCAUAAAGAAGCUUUUAGAUGCUGUAUCAGAAGUCUCGCAGUUCAUACCAGGGGCUCAGGGGAAGCAAGCUUUGGAACACCGCAAGCGAGACUUUGUCAAACACAGCAAGAAAUUUAGUAAUACAUUGAAGGAGUAUUUCAAGGAAGGACAGGCGAAUUCUGUAUUUGUAAGUGCCACCUACCUCAUCCACCAGACCAAUCUUAUAAUGCUGACAGUGAAGGACAAGUGUGAGUGAGAGUCUGAGCCUUUACUUUUCCCCCGUGACCAUCUUGCACUACUCGGAGCGAAUGUCAAAUCCCAGCCCCUCUUUGGCUUAUCAGGGAGCUCAUUGCAUUUGACGAGAAUGCUUGGCAAGAUUAUUGCUCUUUACAGACUCUUGAUAUACUUAUGAUUAUGACAGAGAUGAAAGUGUUGUGAUUUUAAUAAUAUUAAUUGGGCCAUUGUCAGCAUGGCCAUUUCUUUCAAGUGCUAUGUGUUUAUUUUUGAAAUGCUGGUAUGCAAUGUAGUAUUGUAGGUUUUAAAACAUUUCAGAAUAUACAUGUAUAUAACUUGAAUAAAUGUGUUGCCAGAGUAUAUAUUUUGCAGUGAUUCACCGUUUUUAUCACGAACCCUAACCUGGUAUUUUAGACACAUAAUAGUGCUCCAGUAUCUUGGGCUAUUUUCUACUCUAGAAAAUUUGGUAAAAGUUUAGGCAUUAUUACCACUUGUAGUUCUAUCAUGUGAAUGUGAAAAAAUUAUUUCUCAUGGUUACAGUCUUUGUGGACUGGAGAGACUUAGCGUUGAAAUGCCAGCAUAACAUAAGUAUGUGUCAUGCGUACAAUAUAUGGUUUGGAAUGUAUACAGGAAGAAAUUUGUCUAUAUUUUGUGAAUAACAUGUCAUAACUUGGCUCUUGUGCAACAUAACAUAGCUAUUUUCGUUAAUCAUUUACAGAAGUUUACAGUUCAUGUGUGGGAUAAAAUGUGACUUUAA